GACGGCAACGCAGACCACUCGCAGAGAGCAGUCAUACAAAGACCAAACAAAUCUUCAGAUUAUUUAUUACUACUAUUACAAUCUACAACUCCAAGUUUACUUGUAAGAAUUAAGAAUUCCAUAUAUAAAAAGUUUCAAAUCCCAUAAUUACUCUUCCUAGACUAUUUCCCAUCAAGAAUUAGUAGAUCUCAAGUUCUCCUCCCAAAGCCCAAUCCGAAAAUGGAAAGUAUCGUCUUGUAAUUCAAUACUUUCUUGAGGGAGGGAAGUAAAGGAAAGAAAAGAAUUUUGGAUAUCCUUAGCUUAUAUAUAUAUACACAAAAUAUAUAUAUAUAUGGCGAGGAUUAUCAGUAUGUGUAAAUUAUUACUGGGAAUUUGGAUGAUUGGGUUAUUAUAUGGUGUCGUUGGAGGAGAAAAAGGCGAUUUGGGAUCGUUGCCGUCGUCCAAGGGGGAGGCCUACGUGACGCUUCUGUACGGAGAUGAAUUCUUACUGGGGGUAAGGGUGCUUGGGAAGUCCAUCAGGCACACUGGAUCCAAGAAAGACAUGGUCGUCUUGGUCUCCGAUGGUGUCUCUGAUUACGCCAAGAAGCUUCUUAAGGCUGAUGGUUGGAUUGUAGAGAAAAUUAGUUUAUUGGCAAAUCCGAAUCAAGUGAGACCGAAGAGGUUCUGGGGCGUUUACACCAAGCUAAAAAUAUUUAACAUGACUAAGUACAAGAAAGUGGUGUAUCUUGAUGCUGAUACCAUCGUUGUUAAGAACAUCGAAGAUUUAUUCAAAUGCGGGAAGUUUUGUGCUAACCUAAAACACUCAGAGAGGCUGAAUUCGGGAGUCAUGGUUGUUGAACCAUCUGAAGAAGUCUUUAAGGAUAUGAUGAGACAAGUGAACACUUUGCCUUCUUACACUGGAGGUGAUCAAGGUUUUCUUAACUCCUAUUAUGCGGGGUUUGCAAAUGCACACGUUUUCCAGCCAGACCUAAAACCUGAGGUGUUGAAUUCUAGACCAGUUCCUGAAAUGGAAAGACUUUCUACAUUGUAUAAUGCUGAUGUCGGUCUUUACAUGCUUGCUAAUAAGUGGAUGGUAGAUGAGAAAGAACUUCGUGUUAUUCAUUACACACUUGGCCCCCUUAAGCCGUGGGAUUGGUGGACAUCUUGGCUUGUCAAACCUGUUGAUGUCUGGCAGAAUGUCAGGGUAAAGCUUGAGGAAUCUCUUCCUGGAACUGCAGGGGGUAAAAAUCCAAAAGAGGAACUUCUAGUCAAGUUUCUCUUUCUGCUUCCAUUUUGUCUCCUACUUUUUCAUUAUUAUCGGUCUUUUCUUCAGAGUCGUUCAUUUUGUGAUCAUAUUAGACACGUCUACUACAAAAUCAGAGCUGGAGGUAUCUUUACUUAUGCAGCAGUGUCUUCCUCUACUAUCAGCUCCAAUCCACAGUUCUCAGAUGGUGCCCAAUCUAAAGUGCCCGCUUUUCUUGGUGGAAUGUCUAUCUUGGUUUGUUUUAUGGCUGCUUUGGUGUCCCUUGCACUCUCAUUUGCCAUCAUCCCUCGACAAGUGACCCCAUGGACUGGUUUGCUUCUCAUGUACGAGUGGACAUUCACAAUUUUCUCUCUGUUGUUUGGAAGUUAUCUGCAAUUAAUCUCUCACUGGGGAAAGAUUGUUGCUAAUAGAGCUGCAUCAUUAUCCUCUCGUGCUGAAUCAUUUGACUAUGACUCUGGAAAAGGUCAUCAGCGGCAGCUGUCAUCUUGUGAUGUUGCUGCUUGUUACUAUGGGUUAGGAGCGGCAUUGCUUGCUAUUGCAGUACCGGCAUUGCCCUUUAUUCUAGGGAUUACUGCUCUGUUUUUGAGGUUAGGUUUGAUGGCAGCGGGAGGCCUUGUUCUGGCAUCCUUCAUGACAUAUGCUGCAGAGCAUCUUGCAAUUAAGUCAUUCUUAUUAGGCCUCGAAGCACGGGAGCCGCAAAGGUCCAGCAACACAUGCUUCUUGUGCUAGCAGGACGUGUGAGCUUUAAUCACUUCUGCUGACUACAGAAAUGCAGCUGGUGGUCCUCUCCAUGUAACUUUGGUAGACAAAUUCUUUUCAACAAUUUACUUGUAGAAAUUAUCUGAGGUCUUUUUUUUUUCUUUCCGGUAGAUCUCUCUCUCUCUCUCUCUUUUUAUUGGUAUUUUUGUACUCAGCUAAGAGGAUUUUGAAUUAGUUUAGACGAGGGUUCUGUACUGUAGCUUUCUUUGUACCAUCAAGAUUGUAAAAUGUAAUUCUGCAAAGAUUCUCAAUCAAUGAAAAGAAUAUAUUCGUGGUCCA